AUCUCUUGAACCUGUCUUUCCUAUUCUGGGGAUUUAUCGAUUUUCUUUUAACCCAAGUUUAAACGUUGACUUUUAAUCGUAAUACCCCGUGAUAUCUCUGCACAUUUGUAAAUACUCUAAUGCAUUAUUCACUGCUAUUAAAUACCUAAUUCUUUAUUUCCGGAUUUUAUUAGCCUUGGUAAAAGGAAACUACAAUUAACUUUUCCGUUGUACGUAACAUUUUAGUUUGUAAUCGAACGCAAUCUCACUAACUCGCACAUACAGCUGAAAAGGAAAAAAUAUCUAGGUCAAGUGUUAAAAAAUCGACAUCAUGGGUGACAAGAAUAUGGAUAAAAGUGCUUCUGAUAAAACAGACUAUGGGACUAACGAAGUGAAUAUUGAUGAAUUAGUGUUAAAUAAUCAAGACACCGCCACAGCAAUAAUAUGUGAAGCAGUCAAAGGCCUCGACGCCAACCGAUAUGCCACAAAAAAGACAGUGGCGCAGGGUAUGCUGGAUAUUGCACUUCUCACUUCGAAUGCCUCACAGCUGAAGUAUGUGCUACAAGUUGGUCCCAAACACGAGUUCUACAUGUUGCUCCUGGUUCUCAUAUCUAUCUCAAUUAUUUUACAGCUUCUAGUUGGCUUACUGUUCGUAGCGAUUGGAGGAUUGGACAUAAAUCAUGAGGCGGACCAGCCCUCCGCAGUCAUACUCAACGACGUCAUAGUUAUAUUCAUUUUCGUUAUAUCCGUUACAAACAUUGUGAUAUCCGCUUUCGGAAUUGAAUAUUCAAAUAGCCCAUUGGUAUUAGAACGUUUAAGCUAUAUCAAUGCAGAAUAUUUAAGGAAAGCCAAUACUACUGCUAGUUAAUUUUAACUAGUUAAAUGCAUAAAAAUGAUAAAAAUAAAAGAUUUCAGUAAAACAAACAAAAGUAGAGUUUUAUCUCCUUUUACGGCCAAAUAGGAGAAAUGAAAUAGGAGAAUUAGAUUAUGGACUACCUACCUAGGUAAAUGAAGCAUUAUAUUUUCAUUCACCAAUUGCCAUAAUAUUUCACAAAACAGACGUAUGAUAUUUAGU